AUGUCGUAUCAGCAGAAAAGGUUUUACCUUUUUAACUGUGACAACACUUAUAGUUUAGAGACAGUUGAAAAGCUUAUGCUUGAGGCAGGCGACAAAUACGGCUUCAAAAUCCCGGUUGAUCGUCUUUGUUUUUGUCUGGAACGAAUGGCUAAGGUGUGCGACAGGACAUUACCUCACCUGGUAAUGGAUUAUGCUAUCUUUGUUGUUCAUGCAGACGAAUCUCGUCUUUCCAUCAACGAAGACAACGCUGGGAUUGGUUACGCGAGGCUUUACCGUGCUCUGCUUCAAAAAACAGGUGGGUUUUAAUGUAGCACGCAUUGGCCUCCAUUCUUUCUGCGGCUAAACUUCAGAACGGUGGCAUUGUAUAUAUUUCAUAAAUUCAACGCAGACCCCAUUUAAUACCCGUCAUUAAAGAUUCUUCCAAAAAUUAACGCACAGAUAAUGGUGAUAUGAAAAGAGAAACUCAUUUAUACGUUUUAUAGAGCCACGUAUGCAUGAGGCACGGCGGAACUGCUACGACACUUUCGAUAUCUAACUUCGAGGUCACGUGACGGAGUGCCACAUUAAGAAAUGAUGGUCUGUUGCGACAUUGGAAAACCGGAAGCAUAUCUUGAAGAGAUUUCGCAAUAGUGUCCAAUGUUUUUCAUAAGAUAAUUAGGUGACAAGAGCGGAUGCAUUUCUUGGAAAGCCUCGGCCAUGACAGGUGACCACUGAAACCGAAAGCGUUUGUCAGAAAGGCGGAAGUGUUACAUCACUUUCGAUAGGCGGUUUUCAUGUUACGUCAUCGCCGCCAUGCUGGUGGACGGUAAACAAAAGAUCUUUCAUUUGCUCGCUUUGUUUGUCCACCAGCAUUUGUUCAUUUCACCAUUGUCAUUUGUGUCUCCCGAGAUUGCAUGAAAACCACCUAUACCCCAAAGAUAUUAGGUUUUGCUUAUAAACUUUGAGUUUCAUGAUAUGCCAUGAAAAUGUUGGAAAGGAAACUGCUGUCUUUGUGCUAAUCGCGGUUAACCGUGGGUUUGUACUGAUAGUGCUGCCAUUAAACUGCAAAGAAUUCUCUUUGACGAUUAAUCUCAGCAUUUCUCGGAGCGAAACAAGGAAAGUUCGGUUUUUUCACUUUUGUCUUUCAACAAAAUUGAUAAAGUCGGUAGCGUCUUUGAGGUGUGACUUCUGUGAUUUUAAUAUUGGUUGUAGCAUUAUUACUGUAUCAACAAAAGAGGAAAUUCUUUCCGUUAGACCAUCUGAUGAUUGAGUCAUAAAUUUAAAGAGGUUACUUCCUAACGGCUAGAAAAAAAAAUAGUAAAAUGCUCUUUUUUUCUGUAAACAAAUAUUGAUAAUGUCAGCCUAUGUCGGCAGUCGGUAAUUUUUUGCUCGUUUUGUCGGUAGUCAGUAAUGUUUUUCGCCCUUUGUCGUUAGUCGGUUAACCCCAUUCACACCCUCACUACAUGAAAGUAGCUAGGUCAUCGCAGUUAUAGACACAAAUUUUGCAGUUCCGUCUGUAACCGCAAUGAUCUUCCCUCAUAUAGUUCUUCACUCCGCAGUUUACAAAUAUGAUUUUCAUAUAUUCAUAACUUCAUCAUUAUCCUUUCACUAGUUUAUAACGAACCAUACCGCCUGUGGAGCCUCGGCCAGGCAGUGCAGACACAGAGCUGAGCAGAGAGGUAAGCUAUACCCUCCCUCUUACCAAUAAUUCUCGGAUUAAUCCUUUCAACCCCAAAACAGGCAAAAUUAGGAUUGACUCCACAGUCUCACCACCUAACACGACUCCACCAUCCACUCGUCUCUGUGAGCGAAAGGUUCUUUAUUCAUUGCUGUGGUGGGUGAGAAAGGAGUAUACAACUAUUUCGAUAAAAGGUUACCGGAAAAAAAUAUCACGCGACAAUCCCAAAAAGUUAUAUGGGAUAUGAUCAAUACACUGUUCCUGAUACUGUAGCUGUCAAAACUACUUUUGUUACUCUCCUUAAGCAAAAGCCAACAUAUCUCCAUGGCCUCUCGUGCCAUUCUUUCAAAUUUCUUUAGAGAAGAGUGAACUCAAAACCAGCCACAAUACUACUUUUCGGGAUUGUCGCUUGCACUUUUCCGACAACCUUUCUCGAAAUAGAUGUAUAUUAGUCAUGACCACUCUCUUUCCUUAUUCACCUCUUUGUGGGUGGCCGCCCACUACUCGAACUACUCGUUUUCAUGUCUUUCAAGCACUUUCAGCUCGAUUUAAAAUGGAAAGAAGGAAAAAGGCUCCUCAAUCGCCAGGUCCAGAAGGCCCAGGGGGAAUUAAAAGCUGAGGCAGUUGGUUUAGCCAUAUAACAAAUAAUUCUGGGAUUGUUGCAAUAUUUCAACUUGGUGGGAGAAACUCUUGGAUUGCAUUUUCCUUGGCUGGAUUACCAGCAGUUGUUCGGGGCACACUGAAGAACUGACCCGAAAUAAAUACAUAAAGGCGACAGUCGCGCCAACAUUUUUUUCUUGUUUUUCUUUACUUCGUUCGAAUUAGCUUAGGAAAAAAAAACUGACUCUAGAAAAAAACAGCCAUUAUAUACUGCCUCGUACCCAGGCGCGUUCUAGCGGAUUCGAGAGCGAGUGGGAAUUUGGUUCCGCCCUAAGUAUCUUGGGAAAGGCGAAGAGAAACAGAAUACGAUUUCAAAAUGACGGAAAGUAAUUUAUGCAAAACUGGAGGGAAAGAAAAAGAACCAUUUAGAGUGUUUUUCAGCGAAGGGAAAGUUCACCAUCUCGUCCUGAAGGACAAAAUCCCCGGUGCACCCAUCGAGAUUCCGGGGUGCUUUCCUCUCCCGUUUGAUUCAGGCGUGCUUACCGUCGCUGAAGCAUCUAAAAUUAUUGAAGGUUUUUUUUUAAAGUACUAAGGUUAAAAAUAUUAAUGAUUCCAAAUGUUAAAUGCUUGAUGUGUACGGGGCUCACCUAUGUAACGACAUCGAAAUGCCUAAUACGAACAACAUUUCAAAGCAUGAAGUACAUCUUUCUAUACAAUAAGAAACACUUACCCUGUAAAGAAAGUUCAUGUAAGGAUUCCUCUAUGCUCGUCAUAUUUACACGAGUCGAGGUCGAAGGUACUCAAAAAGCGAGGGUACUCGAAAACAACGAAAAAACCGUAUAAAAAUUCUCGUAACAUAGACCUCGACAUUAUUUCUCCUCAAAAUAGCGCAAGAGGAACGGUCACAGCCCAAAUCCAGAAAUCGAACCAAAUCUGCGAGGCGUCUCAUGUUUUUCCUUCAUCCUUCCCUGCGUCCUUUGCUACCAGGCUAAAGGUUACCAUGGUCCCAUACGCGAUAAUCCUUGGUGGCUAGUUCAGUGGCGUUUUCCGUUUUCCACAGUUGACACGCCUAGGAACGAGGCAGCAUUAAAUACCCAACAUCAACUGACAACAGAGAUGCAAUGUGACUACCUCACUGCAUAUUUGUGGUUAUCUGCAAACCUCUUCAAAAUUAGGACAACGGUAGCUAUUUUGAAUGAAUAGUAAAGGUUGUCAUAAACUUGUCAUGCAGAGAUCAUAAGUAACGUUUCUUGAGUCCUCUUAUUGGUGGGAAACAGUUCUGUUUUUAGGUGUCAUUUUACCUUGAAGUAACCAAUGAAAACUCGCAAUGUUGAGGAAACAUUUUUCAGCUAUAUAGAGCCUUUUCACUCACAUGGCCAGCAGGUAUAAAUGGCCGCCGUUUCAUUGUUUUAGAACACUAAUAAGGCGGACGUGAAGUCAUGUUUAACUAUGAACAAUGGUUUUUAUUUCGUGUAUAGGUGACACAACUGAUCCUUUUUCAGAAUAUCGAUCUUACCGGAAGGAUCAGUCGACGAAAGGUGUUUGAAAAGAGUCUUGAGUUAUAUUAUUCAUAAAACUAUACCUAAUGAAAACUGAUUUUUUGACUCCUCGCAUAGUCGUCUUUGGUAGGAAGUGACAAGGCAUUCCUUAUCCCGGAGGACAAUGAAGAGGAUACUGGUGCCUGCAGAAGACCCUUCAGCGAUCGGAAUAAGACAAAAACGGGCUUGAUGGAAGAAGGAACUUAUGGAGGUAAAAAAUACAGUUUCUCUUUCAAACAUAUCUGUAUCCAACCAAGGAGUAGCGCUGUAUCCAAUUUUUAGAAUCCAACGUCGUUGUCACCGGCACCAGCGUAAAGUCUGUGAAAACGUAAUGGCGUUGGUACUUGAAAGUUCCUCUUAAACAACAAAAAUAAGGUAGCACAUCCACAUGGGGGUUUGGCUUCGUCUGCCAUUCCUGGUCGAAUUGGAAUUUGAAAAUGUUGUUUUUUGAAGAGUGGGGAAAACGGGAGUACCCUGCUCCUCCCUUGCUCCGAGAGGAGCAAGAACCAACAGCAACCUCAACCCAUGCAUGCACAUAUGUUGUCGACACCGGUAAAUGAACCCGAGUCUCUUUAGUGGGAGGCGAGUCCUCACCACUUCGCCAAGCUUGCUCCUCUCCCUCGUUCCCGAUUAUGGUCUUUUGUAUCCGCCUUAUUUACUUCCUCUCCAUGACUUGCUUUAGAUUUUUCGGUGAAAAAUUACUCGGUGAAUGAAAAUGAAAACUGAUGCAUUGAAUGCGAUGUAUACACUAUAUAACCGCACGUUACAGAGGUACAGGGGUCGGACGGCUAUGCCAUACCUAUGACUCGAUCCUAACAAGGGCGAAGUAGUUGUCAAUGACUACCACUGCUCGGUCGAUAUGUUUGUGCUCAAAGGUACUGGCAAUACCGCCGCGUAACCUCAGGUUAGCGUACCCUGACCACUAUAUUCAAAUGCUUCGUCUAAAAGUGAAAAGUGGUUACGACCAACUGAAAACAAAUUGUAACGCGAGUGAACCUUUGACAUUGCAGCUUUACGUUCUGGUGCAACAGCGGCCACUUGCCAAGGAGACAAUUAUCUACUGAAGGCAAAAGUGAGUUAUGAAAAGAUUUCUUAUGAAGAUGGGGAUGUCCUGCAGAGAAAGCCAGGAUGACGACCUUCAGAGAAACAGAAGUCAGAUGUGAUGGAGGACCUGAAGUCUGAUUCUGUCUGUAUAGUGACGUUUUACCAAACUGUGGAUGGGUUAGUUACUUAUUCCUAGUACAAGCCAAAACCUCUCGACCACAGGGGCUUCUACAUAUAUUUCUUGAUUUGGAGAUGUAUAGUCUCGUGUUUUGGGCGCCUUUUUUCGGCUGUUUUGGUCGGUGCUCAGAAAAAUGUAGUGGCCGUUAACUUUAAGACAAUCAGCAGGUUAAAUCGCUCCAAAUUUUCUCACAAAAAGCAUCAAGUAAAAGGAUGAUCUAAUGAUGUCAAGAACUGAAGUAAUGUAAAGGUAACAAUAAAAUGAUAAAAACUCUCAGCUGAAGUCAGAACUUACUGGGUAGAGAGAAGGGUCGCAGCCAUAGGAACGAGAAUGAACAGGGUAAUGUAGUACCGCCUACCAGGUCUUCUCCUACUAAUUUUCUAGAAAGUAGUUCUAGAAAUGCAGACUGAGGGUCACCUCCUACAUGUACAACUAAUUAGAAAGUUGUCAACAAAAAUCAGUCUUUGGAUAAACUUUGCAUAGUCAAGUAGGUAGUGUUUCUGAUUGGUUGAAGCAAAUUUCCCUCGCGGUUCGAAAAGUCGACUCUGCAACCAAGGAAUCUGUUUUCAUUUGAAUCACCAAAGAAUACAAUCAUAAAUAAAACGAAAGUUUUACGUCUUUCAUACAAACCCUAUGAAUCGUUACCAAAAGAAUAUGUUAUUGUAUCCCCUUAUCCAUGCAUGCCUCCUUUUCCACUUGCCAACGAACCCGUUUUAAAGAUUCCCCGUUUGAAAGAUUCCCGCUUUUAAAGAUUCCCCGUUUUAAAGAUUCCCCGUUUUAAAGAUUCCCCGUUUGAAAGAUUCCCGCUUUUAAAGAUUCCCCAUUUUAAAGAUUCCCGCUUUUAAGGAUUCCCCGUUUUAAAGAUUCCCGCUUUGAAAGAUUCCCCGUUUUAAAGUUUCCCGCUUUUAAAGAUUUCCCAUGAUUCCCGCUUUUAAAGAUUCCCCGUUUUGAAGAUUCCCGCUUUUAAAGAUUUCCCAUUUUAAAGAUUCCCCGUUUUAAAGAUUCCCGAUUUUAAAGAUUCCCGCUUUUAAAGAUUCCCCACUUUAAAGAUUCCCCGUUCCCUGUUCCCCAUUCCUAUUCUCCCAUUCCCCGUUCCUUGUUUUAAAGAUAGCCGUACGAUUUCAGUAUUUUAAAAGUUAUGACAGUUUGUAUCAAGGUAUAUGCCAGCUUCUGCGAUAUUUUCAGCUCUAGUGUUACGGAUCUAUCUCAAACAGAUUUUGUCAAAAGGACGGCUUACCUAAUUCGUUACUGGCACUCACUCACAAAUUGAGCCACAUUCCAAUCCCUGGGAUGCCAUAUUCCUUAAAAUUCCGGUAAAUGCAGCUGUAAAUGUGCUUUAGAAACCGCUGCUAUGCGGCAUAUUUGAAUCCCAAGUGGAGUUCGAACAGGUGAAACUCGGUGUCAGUCGUUUCGAGCUUAAUAACUCUGUAAAACAACUUUCCAGAGGUGAGAGUUUGCUCGAGAAUCAGAAAAUUAGUUAAGUAGGUUUCAUUUUGGGUCAGAAAAUUGAGAUUUAAGUACAACGACUUCGAAUAAACCUGCCAUUCAACCAGUUUUUCCCUUUUUCGAUUAUGAGCACGGGAAAGGAACUAGCAAUUAUAGACAGCAUUUAGUUGUUUUCAGUUGUUCUGAAUAUCUCUAAUGAUUGUCAUUGAAAACAACACUACAUCUGUUUGCUAGGAGAAAAUUUCCCGCAAAAUUCUUGUUGAUGCCCGUGGAUCACGUGCACCUAAUAUUUUGCUUCAGCUUUAGCCUCGAUUAUGGUCGGCAUGGUCUGGUCCAUGAUUUCCCAAGUGAGCAACAGUAAACGUCCGAGAGCCUUUGCAACGUUGUUUUGUCGCGAAGCAUAACGUCGAUGAGCGAAGUAGUUCGUGAAGAUUUCAGCGAUGAAAUUGAUCAAUGUCCUUCUUAAUAAGCGUUCCUGUUGUAAGCGUAAACUGUCUUAGAUGCUUCUGGUAUCGGUUAUUCCAUCUCAGCCAGAGGACAUAAAAGACUGCUCUCGGUUAGCUGGAAUAGUCGGCGUCUUAGUUCUGCUUUUUUUGAGUUUUCUUUUUUUCUGGAGGAAUUAAGAUACGAUUAGUUGGUCAGCGUUAUCAAGGUACUCGCCUUCAGAAAUAGCUUGAUAUUGGACUGUACUUUUUGUGACUUAAGGAAGAAAGAAAUCGGAAUUUUUAUCUUUUUUAACUGUGAUAAAACGUACAAGCUUGAUGUAGUACGAGAAGCUGUGUAAAGUCGUCGAAACGAAACUGAACUUUGUUUUUCCCAUCCUGUCACAUUACUUUGCCCUUCGAGAAAUGUCUGAGGUAUGUACGGAAGCCUGUAAGGGACAUACGAGAUACGAGAUAAUUCUAGAUGAUUUUUUUAAAUCCAGGCUAAGUUCGAGAGAAAAAUGGGACAUGCGAGAUAGGAAAUGCGAGAUGCAAGAUAAAAAAACGAGAUGUGAGAUGAGAAGUGUGAGAUGUGAAAUAGAAAAUGCAAGGUGACGGUGUGAGAUAAAAAAUGCGAGAUGUGAAAUAGAAAAUGCGAGGUGUGAGAUAAAAAAUGUUAGAUGUGAGAUAGAAAAUGCGAUAUGUGAGAUGAAAAAUAGGGGAUGCGAGAUAGAAAAUGUUAGAUGCCAGACACAGAAAGCAAGAUAAGAAUUUAAAAGGGAGAAGAUAAGACCACUGGAAACCUCGCAAUAAAUAGUUGUUACACUACACCCCUUCAAAACCAUCGUUCACAAGCCGAUGUACGUCCGCCUCCUUUCGAGCAGAGGCUGUCCAACAAGGAUCACCUACAGAACUUUUAAUUGUAACAUGGGCAUAAACGAAACAAAAAUUACGUUAAGCUCACUGUUCUAUUAACAGAGAAUACCGUAAACUUUCGCUCAUAAGCUCUCCCAGUUAUAGGGCCAUCUACUUGUAACAAUACAUCCGGUUGUAAUACUCCCAGAUAUACGCCCCUUUAAGCUUGCAAAAAAAUGAAUUCGAUUUUUACAACGUUUUGAAGGUUUGAUAAAAAGCGAGUAAAUUCAAAAAAUAUUUUGAUGAGCAAUGCAAUGUAGGGCUUUUAAAACGCUUUUUUUAGUCCGCUUGUAAGUCCUCCAUUCCUAUAUAAUCCCUCUUAAUACCUCUUACAAAGUUGUAGAAGCCCAAGACUUAUGCGUCGAAGUUUAUGGUGUGAUUUACAUGGGGUUUGUUGGUUUGUUGGGGAGGGGGGCGGGGGGGGGGGGGGGGGGGUAUAGGGGGCUUGUAAAGGGGGGGGACUUUUUACCUUGUAAGACAUUCACUUGUGAAUUAUCAAUGGACUUUGAAGGGGGGGGGGGGGGGUGGGGAAAAACAGACCUGAAGAAAAACUCAAAAACAAAGACAUUCGUAAAAAACGUUCGUAAAACAGAUAUGGCGGAUGCCACUCACAUUUGUACUGAAUUAAACACAAAAAUCCUGAAAAAUAACUACAAUCCUGAUAUUCACAUGCGGCCAUUUGAUUGUGGUAUUUGUUUCAUGGAAACAGCGACUGUCUUAGACACCCCCUCGUCGUCUUUGUCAGCUGCCAGGCCCUGUUGAGGUCACGAAAGGGUAGCGCGUGUUUACAACAAGGCGCAUAUUUAACUCAGCAUCUCGCACUUUUUUAAUCUCGUACCUCCAAUUUUCUAUCUCACAUCUGGCAAUUUCUAUUUCGCAUCUCAAAUUUUUAUCUUGCAUCUNUUGUUGUUUAUUUUUUUUUUUCUGUUUCUUAUACUUGUCUUAUUUUUGAUUGUCUUUUGUUUGUAUGUGUGAGGUUGUGGAGGGGUGGGGAUUGGUGGGUGUGGUGGUUGUGGGGGGUAGAGGGGGGGGGUGGGGGUGGGGUGGGGGGGGGGGUGGGUGGGGGGGGGAGUAGGUAUAGGAGGCUUGUAAACGGAGGAGACUUAUUACCUAGUAAGACUAUCACUUGUGAAUUAUCAAUGGACUUUGAAGAGAGAGGGCGGGGAUGGGUACAAACAGACCUGACGAAAAACUCAAAAACAAAGACAUUCGUAAAAGACGUUCGUAAAACUGAUAUGGCGGAUGCCACUCACAUUUGUACUGAAUUAAACACAAAAAUCCUGAAAAAUAACUACAAUCCUGAUAUUCACAUGCGGCCAUUUGAUUGUGGUAUUUGUUUCAUGGAAACAGCGACUGUCUUAGACACCCCCUCGUCGUCUUUGUCAGCUGCCAGGCCCUGUUGAGGUCACGAAAGGGUAGCGCGUGUUUACAACAAGGCGCAUAUUUAACUCAGCAUCUCGCACUUUUUUAAUCUCGUACCUCCAAUUUUCUAUCUCACAUCUGGCAAUUUCUAUUUCGCAUCUCAAAUUUUUAUCUUGCAUCUCGCUUGUCAAAUUUUUUAUUUCGCAUGUCACAUUUUUAUCUCACAUUUUGCAUUUUUCAUCUCACAUCUCGUAUUAUUAUCUCGCAUCUCGCAUUUUUUUAUCUCGCAUCUUGCAUUUUCUAUCUGGCAUCUCGCAUUUUCUACCUCGCAUCUCGCACUUUUAUGUCGCAUCUCGCAUCUCGCAUUUUCUAUCUCACAUCCCCCAUUUUCUAUUCUUCAUAUGGCUCUUUUUUAUCUCGCAUCUCGCAUUUUUUAUCUUGCAACUCGUAUUUUUUAUCUCGCAGGUCGCAUUUUUAUCUCAAACUUAGCCUGGAUUUUUUAAAACCAUCAAAAAUUAUAUCGCAUCUCGCAGGUCUCCUGUAGGCUUCCGUGGGUAUGUGAAAACAAAAUUGCCCAGUCCAUGCACACGAAUCUCAUCUCUCCAUCAACGAAGAUAACGCCUGCAUUGGACACACCUAUUUCAAUUAAGGUUGCUUCCGUUAACCAUGUUUCAUAGCCUGCAGUGCACUCUGGUAAACCCUUUUGUAGCGGCAAGUUUAGUCCUGUUCACGUUCAUUGAAAUAAUGGACACCAUUUGUGAAAAGGCGUUCAAGAGCUUUCAAGUCAAAUGGCUG